AACUGCAAAAAAGGAUUCACGAAAGACCAAGCAAGAAGAAACAAAAAAGAAACCAGUAACUAGGAGGCGGCCGCUGAUGAGCAAGCCCGUGGAUGAUGUGUACUUGAUGUGGUAUUAUGAGCGGCCAUCCUAUGAUGUAGAAGAGGCUGUGGGUAUGCUGAAGAAAUUUCAGGAACUGGAUUUCACUUACCCAAAACAGCAUGUCUAUAUUAACGUAACCCUGGAUAUGGCACUACAGAAGAAGAAAAAAGUGGAUCCAUUUGCAAGCACUGUUCUUCUUCCCUAUCGCUUCACAGAUGAGACGAAUAAGGUCUUGGUUUUCACAGAGAAUGAGCAAGAAGCUGAAAUAGCUCGAGAGAAUGGAGCUGCUGUUGUGGGAGGAGUUGAAUUAAUCAAAUGGAUUUUGGAAGAUGAAAUCCAAGUGGAUUUCUAUGUAGCUGUUCCUGCAAUAAUGCCUAAACUAAUACCUUUAAGGAACAAACUAAGACGGAAAUACCCAAACACAAAAAGAAAUUCCCUGGGCCAUGAUAUUCCCAAAAUGCUGCAACUCUUCAGAGAAGGUCUUGAGUACACGGUAGAAGAUGAGCAUCUAAUCGAGACAAGAAUAGCAAGACUGGAUAUGCCUACUGAGCAGAUAGUCGCCAAUCUGAAAACAGUUAUCCAGGAUAUCUGCACGUUCAAGCCAGCGAGUUACGGUCCUUUUGUGCAGAAGUUGGUUAUUAGAUCUUCAACCAGUGAAGGUUUGCUACUGAAGCUUGAUGGACUUCUACCUGAGGUAGAGAAAGUAGAAGAGGAAGGAAAAGAUAACACAGAAGAUGAAGAAAAAAAUGUCCAAGAAUCUCCUAGUACCUGA